CAUAUCAUCAAAACCCCAAAAUAAAACUCGUUCGCGCUUGUAAAUACUGCGCCAAGGCGGUUGACUCGAACGAAUUAAUAUCAGAUUCAAAUGAUUUCUUGAGGCAUUCACACCUCUGUUUUUAUUGUGGUUCAGAGCAUAUUGUAUACCUAGUUGUAAAGUAAUUCAAUCGGUAAACUUAAUACUCAAUACUGCACAAACAUAGGAAGUUUGUUAUGAAAGGAUUUUAUCUGGUGUAAGGAUUGGCACAGAAGCCCGUCGGCCGAGUGCAGGCGGUGUGUAGUAGUGAAAGCCUUCGCUUUCAUCGUAGAGGGGCGGCCGGCCGCCGCUGGCGUCUGGCGUUGCAGCGCGAGGCACAACAAAAGUGAAGGUGGUCGAGAGCGCGUAUCUUACGGCGAGUCGGCAAUUCGUUAGCGUGACAACAGGUCGUGUCGCGUUCGUGCCCGUCCCGUGAUGUACAGGUGGUGGUUGGUGGUGGUGCUGGCCGCGGGCGCGGCGGCGGCAGGGACGCGCCUGCCGAGAACUUCGCCGCCCGCGCCUGCGCCGGCGCCCGCGAGCGCUCCUCGCUUGCCCCAGAGGAACUUCACUAUAUCCUCCCGUUCCUCUGUGAGAAACAGAGAACAAUACAUUUUCAAUGUAUUUGAAGUCAUCGUCAGUACUUUGGAAACUAAACUGCAAAGAAUUGAAAAUCUUGACAAAGCUGUGGAGCAUCUCAUGAGAAGAGUAGAAGCACUAGAUUCAAGAGUUAAUGACAAUAUACACAAAACUGAUGCAAUUAUAUCUAAACUUGGUAACUUAGAUUUUAAACUUUUCAGUCACAUUUCUCAAGGUGAUGAACAGAGUGCAACGGAAAACGUAAAUACCAAAAAUAAUGAUAAUAAAAUCAAUAAUGCUCAAAUGCUCGAUAAAAAACUAGAGUCCUUGGAUCAAAAAGUUUCAGAUAUUGAUACAAAACUAGUAGGGUUAAAAACCCAGAUAGAUAAUAACUUUUUGCCUGUUGAUGAUAUUAAUGCAGAAGCAAGUGAAAAGAAACCGAUCAAUCUCAAUGUAAUCGAAAUAGCAAAAAGUCUUAACUCAGAAGUCAUAACCGAAAUCACAAAGGAAGUUGAUCAACUACGAACUUCUAUGUCAACAGUAGACCGCAAAUUACAAUUUCACAUAAAUCUUGUCUCUGAAAAUUUGGGAAAAGUGCUAUACAUGAUGGCCGACGUCCACGCUGCUAUUGUGGAACCGGAAGCCGCUUCGAUAAAUGUUAACAAUAUUUUUAAAAAUCGCACAGUUACGAGUACACAGUCCCCACUACAGAAAUCUAGCAAAAUUGAUACUUUAGUCAAUAAAAUUAUUCCUAUGAUGAGCGUUUCUGAGAAAAUGGACGAAGUGUGGGACGUGGUAGUCGGAACAAAGAGCUCGGUUGAUGAUUUGGUUCCAAAAUCGGAUGAACUCUUAACCCAAACACAACGACAAGAGCGUGCUAUUGGUCAAAUCCAUAGUGACUUACGUCUGAAAACAAAUCUUAUCAUUGAAAACCUCGAUAUGGUGGAAAAACGCCUAAAGAAACAGGAAGAUGAUGUAGCUACAUUAGCACAGCGGCCUGUGCCUGCUGAGCUGUUGCUGGAUCCUACUAUCGACAGGCUGGUGGAGUACGCGCCAAAUAGAUAUAGAGUGGAUGAGCCCUCCACUGAUCCGACUACUAGUACGAUACCGAUGACUACUCCUCCGUCAUACAUAAUAAACAACAGCCCGACCAUUCCGAGCAACUCCAGUGCAAGCCCGACGAGUGCAACUGUGACUGUAACUCCGGCGAGUAUGGGCAGCCUCGGCAACAGUUCGGGUCCCACAAGUCCACGUCCCACGAGCCGUAAAGGUGGCAUCAUCUUCCCGAGCGUCAAGAACAAGCCCAUCAUCGGGAACAACACCUUCGCUUCAGAGAUCGUGGCUAACUACAAAGACGUUAAAGGUUUCUCGUGCGUGGACCUUCUAAACGCUGGUAUGCGCGAAUCUGGCGUUUACUACCUGCAGAUACGGGGCACUACGUACUGGUUCCUAAAAGUAUACUGUGAACAGACCGCUGCGGAAGGCGGAUGGACGGUAAUCCAUCGACGCGAUGAUUUCGGUGUCCCAGCAGAAAAUUUCAAUCGGGAUUGGAGUGAUUAUAAGAAUGGAUUUGGCGAUCCCAGUAAAGAAUUCUGGUUAGGCAAUGAAAACAUUUACAUGCUGACCAACAAUGAUGAUUACAUGCUCAGGGUAGAGCUGGAAGACUUUGACGGUAACAAAAGGUACGCACAGUAUUCGCACUUCAAGAUAUACUCGGAAGCGGAAUACUACAAGCUGGAGAUAGAGGGCUAUGAAGGAAAUGCCGGCGAUUCUCUAAAUGACCCUUGGUACGGGUCAAAUAACAGUCCCUUCUCCACUUAUAACAGAGACAAUGACCGAUCGUCACUCAACUGCGCGUCCAUGCUGAAAGGCGGCUGGUGGUGGAAAUCGUGCGGACGCGGCCUUAACGGUCUCUACUUACAUGACCCACAAGAUCUAACAGCGAGACAAGGUAUCGUGUGGUUCCGCUGGCGAGGCUGGGAUUACACGCUCAAACGAGCCUCCAUGAUGAUCAAGCCCAAAGGCUUACAACCUAACACAUGAGCGCAACGCAUACUUCUUCAAUUCAUUUAGUUAUAAUAAGUCUUUGUUCAAUUGUUAUGUGGAUUCUGCGCUUACUGCUAUCAUAAGUACCUACUUACCUACGCGUGUUAACCCUAAGGUUUCAACUAUGAAGAGUACCAACAAUCUGUGUAAUAAUACUAUCUAACUUAUACCUACUUGUGAAAUUUCUUUUUUUACCUAAUUUUUUUAUUUUGUUGGCUUUCUUCAAGAGUAUAAACAGUAAAAUUUGGGUAAAUGAAGUAAUUGCUAGAAGUAGGGAUAGGUAGCACAUACCUAGCUACGCGCGUAUGAAGUACCUACCUAUCUACCUUGCUGAUGAGCUUCUCAAUUGAAAUACAUAAUAUAAAACUUACUCAAUUUAAACAAAUAUUAUUGAGAUUAAUUUAGAUGAAUUUAUUUUGGAAAGACGUUUGAGUUUUGGUUUUAUUUAAAGUUUCUUCAUAGAAGAGUUUAAAGAAUAAUUUUGUAACUGUCUAAUAACUCUUUCAUCGUCUACUUAUAUGACUUUUCUAAUUAUGUAUGUAUAAACCUAUAUUGAAUCCACGUAAUGACCCAGAACAUAGUUUGCAGCUUAUCGCUCAAUUUGGUAUAUAAAUCCGUACUAAGUUACCGUAUAAAGCGUCCGAACUUACAAAGGGAAAACUUUUCCGAUAUGCUAUGACGUCUUAGCUAAAAAUAUAUUGAAUCUAAAUAUAUUUCUAGCUGAGACGUCACCUGACAGAAACCUUUUCCCUUUGUUAGUUCGGAUAUAUUAUACUUGUCUUUGUAAAUAUUCCCUUAAAAAAUCAUUCAUACCACGAUAUCACCGCAUCGUAAGUACUUAUACUACUCUUAAAAUAUUCCCUUUAGCCGUAGAGACAGUUGGACAGAUUUCAUACAAAGUUUGUUACCUAAAGAUAAAAUACAUUGAUGCAAUAAUUAUAUUUUGUUAAAAUAAUACAAAUUCUACAGUUAUAGUUAUUUAUACCUACAGGUUGGCCAGUAAUCCAAUUCCAAUGUAUUCCUUGAAAAUGACUGUUCUAGUGGGUAUUUGGUACCAACCGAACCCGUUCAACCAGGGAAUCCAUAGCUGUAGUAAACGACAGGUCGAGAUGGCAAUCGGAGUAUGAGGCGGAGGGACGCCUCGUACUCGUACGUUAGCUUGAGGGCUGUGUGAGUGUGCGGGACGACCUCACCCCGAUCGCCACGUCGACCUGUCGCGUACUAAUAGAUAUAAUUCAUCCAUACCUAUAUUGCCAUUAAGAGCCGAUUCACACCAAGCACGUACACGUGGCCACGCGCAUAGUGACACGCGUGAAUCCAUUGACAUGACAGCACGCAUUACGUCUACGCGACCGAUGCCAUAUCUCAUAC